AUGGUCGACGACUCCGGUUCAGACAGCGGGGAGAAGAAGCCUGUCGUCGAGAGUCAUGGUGAUGUUAUUGGUUCUACUUCGCCCUUGUUUCUUCACCCUUCGGACACUCCAAGUCAAGUCUUUGUCGCUGAUCUCCUCACCGACAUGAAUUACGGAAAAUGCUCCGUCGAGAUUUCCAACGCCUUGCUCGCCAAAAACAAGCUAGGAUUCGUGCUAGGCACGAUUCCUCGUCCGGCUUCAGGCGAACAUCUCAACGCUUGGACGCGGUGUAACGCUAUGGUGGUCGGAUGGCUACGUCAAGCCAUGUCUCGCGACAUCCGUAGCAGUCUCAGCACCGGAUUCACCGCCAAGCAGAUUUGGGAUGAGCUCCAAGAGCGUUUCAGCACUGGUUCUCUCCCGCGCCGCUACAAGAUCCGCCGCCAGCUUAGAGCCCUACGUCAAGAUCGUACGUUUGUUUCGACCUUCUAUGCUAAACUGAAGAGGCUCUGGGAUGAUUGGUUGACGUUAAUGUUAAUAAUGAAGAAUAAAUAA